GCCCGGCGGGGCAGGGCGGGGCUAGGCGGCCGAGAGAGGCCCAGCCCGACCCGGCGCCCGGUGGCCCCACCGGCACGACCCGGGCGCUGGCCAGGCGGCGAGCCGAAAGCUAGCAGGCGGGAGGAGGCGGAGCGCGGCAGAGGCUGCGAGCCCCGUGUGCCCCGGCCAGCCGGGCCCUUCGCGCGCCCCCUCCUCUCGCCUCUCCUCGCCUCGCCUCCUCCUCCUCUCGCUCUUCUCGCCUCCUCUCCUCUGCCGGGCGCCGCUCCCGUCCGCGCCCGGGCCGCCGAACCCAGCCCGGCCAGGCCCCCUGCCUCUCGCGCUCUCGGCCCCACGGGGACCUGGUCCCGGCGGCCAGCACCGCCCCUCCCCCCCCCCCCCAGGACCUGGCGAUUCCGGACCUUUCCGAUCGUGGACUGAACGGAGGGAGCGUUGUCGCCCCCGGAGGACCGCGGGGCUGGGCUGAGCGGACCCUCGCGGCCGCUCCGGACGCCGCAGGUGCCGGAGCGCGGUCAUUCUGGGUCCGGGCUGAGCGCGUCCCGGGCGCCCACGGGUGCCAGCUUACUGCCGGCAGGGCAGGGCAGACCCCGACGGAACCCGGUGCCAGCUGAUCUGGACUGGACAGAGCGAAUCCCGGACGGCGCUGAGUCCGGGGAAUGCCGGGCGGGCACUGAGGGUAUCCCGGCGCCUUCCCAUCCUUCCGACUUUGGCUCUCGCGCUGGGACCCGCCCGGCGUCGCUUCAGUGGCCCUGUGCCCGGGUCACCUGUGGCCUCGGAACCCCGGGCCCGCCAGACCCUCGCUCGUUCCCCACCUGGAACUCGGCGGGGGUUGGGGGAGAUUUUUCCUGCCCCCUUCCUUGGAGCGUGGAGGCCCCGCCCCCUCCCACCGCCCAGAUGUCUCUGGUGGCGGCUCUGAGGACCUCCCUGAGGCCAGGGGCUGAAGGGUCCAGAGAGAGAAGCCCGCCCUAGGAAGCCUUGGGGGCCCCCCAACCUCGCCUUGGGACUUGGCCCCCCCACACACACACUGCUCGGAAGGAAGGCCGGUGCCCCUACCCUCGGGGGCUGCCCUCCUCCACUCCAGCUCCCUUCCCAGAGCCACCCACAUCUGGACCCCCUUCACAUCUGGAAGACCCCAGCUACCAUCCCUCUGCAGGUGUCAGUUGCAUCUCAAGACCUCUGCCUUUGCAGUUGCCUAGGAGUUGUGAAGGGAUAACUGCUGCCUUCCCCCCAUCCCAAGGGCAUCUCUUACCCUUAGUCCCUGCAGAGUCAUCCCCCUGCCUCUCUGUCCAGCUUAGCAUACCCACAGGCACUUCAAGUCCUGGAGGCCACUGCUGAGACCCAAGGCUCCUCCCCCUGCCCUCCUGUGUCCUCACCUUGACCCCCUCUAUCAGAUUCUGUCUCCCUCUGGGUCUCAUUCCCCACCCAGAGGUAGAGGAGGCGGGGUGGCAGGGGGCAGGGGCUGGGUGAGGGCCACCCAGGGCCAGGGUGGGCUGGGGGGCCGUUAAGAUGUGGAGCUCUGCCCGGCUGAGGGGGGCUCUGUGGAGGCAGCAGCGUGUGCCCGGCUGGGGGGAGUAUGGGCAGGCCUGCGGCCACCUGGUAAAGGAUGAACAUUCGGGGCACCCCGGACCUCGGGCAGCCCAGUGACGACCCCAGCAGUGGUGGUGAGCGGGAGCGGAUUCGACAGCGCAUGAAGAUGGUCAUCGGGCAGCUCGAGGGCAUACUGCGGGAGCUCAAGGAGGUGGCCAAGGAACUAAGGGAGGUGGUGAGCCAGAUCGAUAAGCUAACCUCCGACUUCGACUUUGAACUAGAGCCGGAUGACUGGACCACAGCCACUGUGAGCAGCACCUCCAGCAGCGACAAGGCGGGUGCGGGCGGCCCCUUUGACCUGGGCCACCUGGACUUUAUGACAGCCGACAUCCUCUCGGACAGCUGGGAGUUCUGCUCCUUCCUGGACGUGUCCACCCCGUCGGACUCCGUGGACGGCCCCGAGUCGGUGCGGCCGGGGGCUGGCACUGACUACCGGCUCAUGAACGGCGGCAUGCCCAUCCCCAACGGGCCCCGGGUGGAGACCCCAGACUCCUCCAGCGAGGAGGCCUUCGCUGCCGGCCCGGUGAAGGGCCAGCUGCCCCAGCGGACCCCGGGCACACGGGAGAGGGUGCGGUUCAGCGACAAAGUGCUCUACCAUGCUCUGUGCUGCGAUGAUGAGGAGGGGGACGGCGAGGAGGAGGCGGCGGCGGCGGCAGAGGAGGAGGUGGGCCUGUCCCCAGAGCCUCCCCAUGCGGAGGCCCACGCGGGCCCCGUCAAGCCCUCCCCGGCGCCCUACAAGCCCAGGCGCUCUCCACUGACGGGCCACCGCUCGGGCCCCACCACAGCCCCCGAGCAGACCCGAAGGGUCACAAGGAACAGCAGCACCCAGACGGUGUCAGACAAGAGCACUCAGACGGUGCUGCCCUACACAGCCACCAGACAGAAAGCCACCGGGAAGAACUAGGGGCCGGGGUGGGGGCUGGGGGGCGCUGGGCACAUAGAGCUAUAAAUAUAUAUAUAUAUAUAUGUGUAUAUAUAUAUAUAUAUAUAUAUUUAAACAAACUCAGUCAUAAUAAAAUUUUAAAAUGCUAA